AUGGCUUCUACACUCGAUCUUCCUCUUCUUGAUCUGUCUGGGGAUAGAGACCCCGCUACGAUCACCAACAUACAGAAAGCGCUUCUUCGGUACGGCGCCAUUCGCCUCUGGGCCCCUAGUCUCAAGGGAGCUCAUUUUCUCGAGUUACAGCAGAAUGCCCGGGAAUUCUUCCAGCUCCCAGUAGAUGUGAAAGCCGAAACAAAAGGGUAUACCGGUUUCGACUCCGAACUUAUUCGCGGCGACACUCCCAUACCAAAAGAAUCAGUCUAUUUCUUCCGAGCAAGUGACCUUCAAGGAAAUCCGCCUCCUUCGUCCCUUCGCGAUUCUGUAAUCGUGGUGCACGAGACACUACCAGAACUGACAUAUUGGCACAAGAAAUGGAAGCUGAUGAAAGACACCAUAUUCUCGGCCAUUUCCAAUGACAUUCUCGACUCCAGUAUCCCAUUGACGGGAACACUUCAGCUAGAUCAAGAAUCUUUCGGGAUCAACUUCUACGACCCAAAGCAGCUGGACAAUAAGAUAAUCGAGUAUAACCCUCCACACAUGGAUACCGGUACAUUGGUGGUAUUGAUUCGAGAUGACAAUGCCCACGAUGGUUUAGAGAUUGCCGACCUCCGAUCUACAGACAAGCUUGGCAGCAAGGAGGUAGGACAGGAAGCGACAUUCGUUCCCGUCCCUGCAAAUCCUGAUGAAGUUAUUGUGUUGGUUGGUACCCGGCUACAACGGCUAUUGGGCAGGGACAAAGUACGAGCAUGCGUGCAUCGAGUUCAGGGCCCUUCUACAGACAGGAGAUACAUGGAAGAGGUGAGAUUGAGCUUUACGAUUGCUUGUGCUGCAAGUCCUCCGCCUGGAACUCAGCCUAGCAGUAGUUGA